UGAAUUUAAAGUAUUUUAUUAUAAUUUCUAUUCAAUACUCAAUACUUAUAUAUUCUAAUUUUAAAAUCUAAAGACCAAAGUCAAAUGUCAGUACUUACUCAAUUCUCAUUUCUUAUUACUCAGAAGUAUCUAUAUAUCAAUAUUUCAUUAUGAAAUUAAUAAGUAUUGAAUAAAUAUUUACUGUGGAUAAUGUUUAAGGGUAAAAUGACGAAUAAUUUUUUAAUGUUUUAUUUGUAAUCCCAAAUACUUAAAAAAAAUUAUAAUAAAAAGUGGUAGCUGAUAUAUAAUUUGUUUAUAAGUUAUCAUUCAUAAAUAAGGACAAUAAGAUGGAAAAUCAAAAAAGUCAAGAACAAAGUUUAAGGGCUAAAAGUCCUACAAUUAAAUCAGAUUGUAAUGUACUAUCUAUUCCAAAUCCUCGUGACUUAAAUCCAAUUAUAAAGGAAAAUCAAGAAACAGUGUCAACUCCAUCUGUUCAUCCACCAAACAAUUUAAAACAUUUAAGUUUAUUUAGUAAUUUACAAUCAACGCCAAAUACUCGACAAUUUAACAAACCAGAAAUGGAUUCAAGAAUAAUAAUGAACCUCAGUCCAAUAAUGUCAACGUCAUCUUUAAAAACAAACUUAUACAAUCAUAAAGAAAUUUUUCAACAUAAAUCACAUGUAGAAAUUGAUUUUUCAUUGAAUCCAUUGAAAUACCAGAAUUCAUCAAAUCUUUGUAAAAAACAUGAAUUAAACAAAUGGAAAACAAACAAAACCUUAAUUGGACCAUCUCAUAAAAGUAUUAUUAUUGAUUCUCCAAUUAUAACAGAUAAUACGAGAAGAAUAAAUGAAGAUAAUGUGAAUGAAAAAGCUAAAAGAUGCUUAUUUGAAAAAGAAAAGGCAAUUAGUAUGUCUAAUUUGGAAACAGAUCAAGAUUCACUUAACAUUUCUUUGGAUAUAUUAGAACAAGUGUGUCAAAUGUCAGAAAUUAUGGAUGAUAGUUUAACUGAAGAAAUAAAAAUAAGUGUUGAUACUGAUAAAAAGAGAAAAAAAUUAGCUUCUUUUCUUUACGGCAAUAGCACUACUAAACUUGAUGACACGGAAGAAGAAAACAAAUUAUUACAAUUGGCAUUAAGUAUGGAAGAUAAUGUAUUAACUGAAUCUAGAUUAAAGAAUAAAUUCUAUUUUGAAGGAGAAUUUACUACUUUAAAUCAACUAAAAAAUAAGGAAACUAACUUAUCUAAAAAUGACAGUGAACAAUCUAAAAGUAGUAGGUUGAACACAUGUAUAAGUGAUUCCAAAUGUAACUUUUUAGAUCCUGAAGAAAUGAAUCCAAUUGGAAAUACACAGAUGUGUGAAAUAGCUGAUAUAACAGAACCAUUAGAAUCAUUUGAUGAUCAGUGGACACAACAAUAUACUAGUAAUGUAUCUAAUUUAUGCAAUAAAUCAAAAAAAAAUAAUUUGAAUAAAGAUUUUGAUGCAGUGAUGAGCACAUCAAUAGAUUUUAUUGAUCAUAAAGUGAACAUAAUAAAAAGCAAUCCAUUAAAAGAUGAAUCAAAAGAAAGAUUAAAACUAUUUCAAUUAAUCGCAAGAGAUGAACUGAAUGAAUCUCCAAUAAUGACUCAGGAUGAUUCCUUAGCAAAUGAAUAUAUGUAUAAAGGUUUCUCUACUGCUGGAGGUAAAUCUAUUAAAGUAUCAGAUGUGGCUUUAAAAAAAGUUCAAACAAUAUUAAAAGAUGAAUUGAAUGAAUCUUCAAACAUUACUCAAGACAAUAUUGUUAUAAAUCCUAAUAAAUUAUGUAAAGGCUUCUCUACUGCUGGAGGUAAAUCCAUUCAAAUAUCAGAUAAGGCAUUACAAAAAGUUCAAACAAUGUUAAAAGAUGAACUAAAUGAAUCCUCAGUCAUUACUCAACAGAAUAUUGUCUCCAACCCUAAUAAACAUGAAGGUUUCUCAACUGCAGGUGGUAAAACUAUUAAAGUAUCAGAUAAAGCCAUGCAACAAGUUCAAACAAUGUUAAAAAAUGAAUUGAAUGAAUUUUCAACUGUUACUCAGGACAACAUUGUUAUAAAACCUAAUAUAUGUAAAGGUUUUGCAACUGCUGGAGGUAAAUCUAUUAAAGUAUCAGAUGUGGCUUUAAAAAAAGUUCAAACAAUAUUAAAAGAUGAAUAUUCAUCAUCAGUUACGAAGGACAAAACUAUUUCAAAGUCUAACGUUUGUAAUCAAUUUUUGAAUGGUGGAAAUAAAUCUAUUAAAGAUUCGGAUAACUUAUUAAAAAAAAAUCAACCAACAUUUAAAGAUGAUACACAAUUAUUUGAUAAUUCACUGGAAACAAAGGCCAUUUCAAGUGUUUGCACUAGUUCUAACAAAGGCUUAAAAUUAACUAAUGACCUAAAAACAAAAUCAAACUGCUUUGAAAUUUUAAAACAAGUGGAAGAAAAUAUAUUUGAUGAUGAUUUGUCUUUAAUUAACACAGUUGAAAAGUUUGAAAGAGAUCAAAUUAUUUGUAAGCCAGUACUGAGAAAUAAACGUCCAGGAAGCCCUAUAAAUACACAAGAAAUUAAUUAUAAAAUUAAAAAAACAGUACAUAAUGGUGGAUGGGAAAUUGAUGAAUUAAAUACUUCAUUUAGUGUUUAUUUAUCAAACAAAUUGAAUGGGCCCAAAGUAUCAUUACCAGAAGUUGUUGAUUGGGUCUUACCAAAAAUAUUUCCUAUAAAACAGUUUCCUGAGAAUGGUGUAGCAAAAGAAUUAAUCAAAUUGAAUGUUGAUAAUGCUAUACAUUUGAAGUUAUAUUGGGAAAAAAAUUAUAAAUCAUCUGGAGGACAUAAAAAUAAAAUGUACAAUUUUCAAGAUUUAAAAUACUUAUUUUUAUCACACAAUUUUGUUGAUGGUAAACUUAUUCCUAAAGGAUGGAUAGAAAACCAUUUUCGUUUUAUAGUAUGGAAAUUAGCUGCUACUGAAAUUUGUUUUCCUGAUCAUUUUGGAAACAAGUUAUUAACUGCAAAAAACAUAAUUCAUCAACUAUUAUAUAGAUACUAUAGAGAAAUAGAAAAAUGCCAAAGAUCUGCAUUAAAAAAGAUACUCGAAAAAGAUGAAACUACAUCAAAAAGGAUAAUUUUAUGUGUUUCAAAAGUUAAUAAAUCAGCUGAAACCUUUACUAUUGAACUAACUGAUGGCUGGUAUAGUGUUCAAGGAAUUAUUGAUUAUGAGAUGAAUAUGCUUUUACAAAAAGGCAUUAUAAAAGUUGGUUCCAAACUUAUAAUAUACAAUGCAGAACUUAUUGGUGCUGGAGAAGGGAUUGAUCCAUUAGAUGUUCACGAUAGUGUAAAGCUUAAAAUAUCAACAAACAGUACACGAAGAGUACGCUGGUAUGCCAAAUUAGGAUUCUAUAAAAACUCUACAUUACCUAUACCUAUUACUUUAGAAUCAGUUCUACCACACGGUGGAAUAAUAGGAUCUCUUUCACUUGUAAUACUUAGAAAAUACCCUAUAAUGUUUCUUGAAAAGAAAACAAAUUCAAAAUCUAUUUUUAGGAAUGAGAAAAUGGAAACUAUUGAAGCAGAAAAGUAUAAAGCAUACCAACAAAAGUCAUUAGAAAUAAUUUCAAAUAAGAUAAAAACUGAGUUGUUUGCUGAAAUGGCUUCCAAAACCAAAGUGUCAAAAAAAUACUUUUCGAGUAUGAAAAAAGAAAAUUUAGAUAAUUUAAGUAUUGAUGAAUUGAGCAAUAUAAUAGAUAAUUCCACUGAUCCUUUGGAAAUCCAAUCAUUGCUUAGUCAAGAAAAAUUGGAAGCUCUUAAAGAUUUUAAAAAUUCAGAGCAAGAAAGAUUUUAUAAUGAACUUCAAAAUAGAGUCAACAGAGUGUUUAAUGAUCAAUUUAAAGAUUCUCGCAAAGUUAUACCUAUGAUAAAGUUACGUGUGGUUGAUGAAAAAUAUGUUUCUACUGGUUUUAAAGCUGCUUUACUUACAAUUUGGAAUCCAUCAGAAGAUGUCACUGAAAUUUUGAACAAAUCUACUGAAGGUCAAUGUUGUACACUCCACCAUAUUACUACUAAUGGGUUUAUGAAUGGUGAACUACAAUUAUCAGCUAACAAAAAUACUCGCUUUGAUUUUCAUGGGUAUAAAAAUGAAUAUGUCAAACGUGAUGUAGUAAGCUUUAAAAGUAUUUGUUCGGGUACAUUUUUACCAUUGUUUGGUGAAUUAGAUUUAGUUGGUAUUGUAGUAUCAGAUGUUAAUAAAAAUAAUGCGUAUGAUGAAAUCUAUGUAUCAGACAAAGAAAUGAAUAUAAUCAGUAUUUUGUUCCGAGGAAAUAUUAAGGAAUAUGGAUAUGAUGACAUGAUGUACCCAGGUAGUAUAAUAUCAGGGAUUAAUAUUCAAUUUAAAGGAUUUAAUCAAAUAUCUCCAAUACCUAAGUUGUAUAAUACAGAACAAUCUUUAUUUACAACAAUUCCUAAGACUGAAUAUAUUUUAAAUAUUUUUAAUGAUUAUAAAAUAUUUAUGAAAAAGCAUGAAAAUGAAAAUUUUCUGAUAUGCUGCCAAACUAAACUUAGUGAAAUUUUUAAUAGAAACGGACAAACUACGACAAUAAAUAAUGAACAGUAUUUAAACAAAUCAAGAAAUGCAUUGCAUAAGUCAUAUAGUGAAUUACCCGUCGCCGUGGUAAGAACUUCUAGUACAUCUCAAUCUGAAUUUUCUCCAGCUCAAAAGCGAAUAAAAAUGUUAAAUGCUUUUGGAAAAACACCACCGUUAAAUAUUGUUCACACUAAACCACCAGAUAAAAAAUUGAUGGGUCAAUUUAAAACACCAACCCGGUUGUAGUCAUUUAUAAAUGAAGAUGUUUCAUAAGUUGAACUAUUAAUUCAA